AUGAGAGCAGUGCGACUCGGCGUCGCCAGCUCGAGUGGUGCCGAGGGCCGUGUUCAAGAUCGGUGCUUAGUCAUGUACGUGACGCGCUCCUGUUGUAGAUCUUUUUGUGUACGUACCUUCAUCGCAAAAUGACCAGGACGACAGAGUUGAAGAACGGCGAGCAGAAGGAAAGGAAGAAGCCUGGCAGAGUACCCACAUCUUGUGCAGAGUGUAGAAGACUCAAACUUCGCUGUGACCGCAAGAUUCCAUGCGAGACCUGCGUGAAACGUGGUUGUGCCGCAAUAUGUCCUAGUGGAUCAUUGACAGCGGGAAAGGGCAAUCGCCUUGUUCUCGCAAACACAGAGGAGUUACACAGCAAGAUCGAAGUCAUGUCAGCACGGAUACGUGAACUUGAGGAAGGGCUUCGUCAAAUGCAGUCUGAAGUAUCUGAUCUACCGCACCCACUGCUGUCAGACUCCAUUACAGCCAUUUCCAGUGAUAGUCCGGAAUCCAGCUCAAGCAGCAAUUUUCCAGAACAACAACCCCAGCCUUCAAAUCAGGCUGAUGCCGAUUCUGUCUCAAAGGCGUUUGGAACGCUCGCCAUUGGCCCUCGUGGAUCAACUGUUUUCACGGGCGCCAAUGCCCGACCAGAAUAUCUCAUGCAGCCACCUCUGAAACAACAACCGAAGGCUCCAUUUUCUGAAACCUUUCCACGACUUUCGAAACAGAUCCUUGAUGCUUGGUUGCCUGGUUCUGACAAUGUCCCAUUCGAUAAUGGCCUUUGGAAACCUGUUUAUUCAUAUCUGCCUCCACUAUCAGAGGCGAUUCGCCUUAGCGAGAUUUACCUUGAAUGGGGUAAAGUCUUGUGGAAUCCCCUGACACGAUCGGAGCUUUUUGAUACCAUCCUUGGAAAUGUUUAUCGGGCGAAUUGUUACGAGGCAAUACCUGGUCCUCAUGACCUUUCGCUCCUGUUCAGCAUAUUCGCUCUUGCUGCCCUCUUUGACUUUGACAAGCCAUCUUACGCUGUGGAGGCACAGGAAUAUCAUAUUUUAUCGCACGUGGCAAUACACUUUCAUUCCCCCACCAUGGAAACGAGUGUCCAUACUCUCAUCGCACUGCUGCAUAUUGUGCAGUACCUGGAAUUGAGUGACCUAGAUAUGGAUUCAAGCAGAUCAUACUUGUUCAUGGGUUUAGCUGUAAAGCUUGGCUACAGGAUUGGCGUCCAUCUCUCUAGUGCUAGGUGGAAGCUCAGCGACGCUGUUGUUCAAACACGCAACACCGCCUUUUGGCAGAUGUUCAUGUUGGACACCUGGAUUAGCUUCUACGCCGGCCGCCCACCAAACGUCUCUCCCGAUUGGGUCGACACGCCAUAUCCAAAUGAUGAUUUCGCUGUAGUCAACAAUAAGGGGGAAAAGGAGAUGAGCGGGCACAUGUGGUCGUGGCAGUUUUCGCGGCUUCUGCACCAUGUCAUGGUCAAUGCAUUUGGAGCCAAAAUACCCACCUAUAGUACCAUCCUCGAACUCGAUCGAAAGAUCCGCGAUUUCCCUGUCCCACCUCAUCUCCAGCCCUGCUGUGAUGCAAACGAAGCUCCCACAGAAGCCGCUACUCUCGUUCGUGUCCAAAGGUCUAUGCUUCUUUCGACUAAGGAAUCUACGUUGUUGAAUAUCCAUCGACGAUACUUUACACAAGCUUUGGAGGACCAACCAAAGGACCUCUUGAAGCAUAAGUACGGCCCCUCGGUCAUGGCGAUGUAUCGCUCUGCUUGGCGAGUGAUAGAAAGUCACUCGCAUGCAGUCAGAAAGAUUCCGCAAGCGAUUGAGCGGAUAAGUCUUAUAUGGUCACAUGCUUUAUCCGCUGCUAUCGUCAUGUGCAUGAUCGUUAACCGUGCGCCUCAAUCAAGCAUAGCGGCUUCUUCAUUGUGCGAGCUGGAUGUUGUCUACGAAGUUUUCCGCAAGUCAGCGCCAACCUCAAAGCCUGCUGCUGUGCUCCUCGACUCCAUCACAAAAGUGUGGAAAAAAGGCCACGAAGUUGUUGAUAACCCACACUAUGACGAUCAGUCCAGCUUAUCCCGCACCGAGCUCAAUCGUCUUGGCGGUGGCAAAACCCAUCUUAUAUCCCAAACGAGCCCUCCGUCCAGCGCCUCGUCACCGUCCGUCCACGCCUCACCGUCAGAAGCCGAGUCAUGCGGCGCGUCUCAAGCGUGCAGCCAAUACGCAUGGGACGCACAGGCCGUCGGGAUCGAUAUACACCCGCGCAUCAUGCAGGACAUGCGUGUCUUUGACAAAUACGAGCAAUCGCCGUUCACUGCGGGCGGCUCUUUCGACUCGUCCGAGUCUUUCUUCCAGGCGAUGAGUGAUGUACAGUUUAGCGGGUCGAGUGUGUACGGGGCGGAGAUUUAUAGUGGACAGCCGCAGGUGCUGAAUACGUUUCAUCCCGCGCAUCCAUAUAGCGCGCCGAAUGGGAUACAGGAUACGCCGGUUCUAGAUGCGGCGUGGCAGAAUUUUGUGGAGCAGCUGGGGUUUUGAGAGGUUUGUUUAAAUUUGCUUGUGCUUUGAGACUCGGUGACUUCUAUUAUAAACUCUGCUCUAUCCAUUUACUACAUACCUUCAAUCCACCCGGUAUAUGGCGAUAUUAAUGUGGCGUUCUUAUUGUUCUUGUUGCUUUUAGGUGCUUCGUAGGUUUACGUAUAUUAUUUACUCCAGAAUGUGACCUUGGACGUACGUACUGUAAUUUAGGUACAAACUUUAAAUCUGUGUUAGUCACUGGGCGUAGGCGGAGACGGAAAUGCAUGCAUGAACGCGACCAGUCAAGCCGUUUUUAUACAUAAACCCCAGUGAAAACGAGCAAAAUAGAGGUUGAUAUAAAUCAAACGAGAUAGGUACAAUAAAAUAUAAAAUGAAGAA